GUCAGUACUUUGCCUGAAACGAGCCGAGAGAAGGAAAAAAAUUUAGUUUUUUCUUCAGUGGGGGAAUUUUCCGAGUAACAAUCUUUUAGCCCUUAAUUUUUAAUAUAAAUUAAAAUAAAUAUCCAGUAAAAAUGGCUUGCAACGCUAGCAAAGUUCCCUUGUUGCGUGUUAUUGCUAAACGCGGUUAUUCUGCCUCUGCCUGUCCCAGACCAGUAGGACAAGCUGCCAAUGUGGAAUCUAAACAACUUGACAACAAAGUUGUUGUAGCCUCGGCUGAAGCUCAAUUGCCAGUAUCUCGUGUUUCCGUAGUAUUCCGUGCUGGUUCCCGUAAUGAAACCUACGAUACCCAAGGUGCCGCUCACAUGUUACGCGUAGCUGCUGGUUUGACCAACAAGAAUACCUCGGGUUUCGCUGUUACCCGCAACAUUCAACAAAAGGGUGGUGCCUUGACCGUGACCACAGAUCGUGAAGUUGUAGCCUACACCGUUGAAACUACUGCCAACCAUUUGGAAACUGGUUUGCGCUACUUGCAAGAUGUCAUUCAUCCCGCUUUCAAACCCUGGGAAUUGAACGACAAUAUACCCUUGAUCAAGACCCAAGUUGCCAGUGUACCCCCACAGGUGCGCGCCGUUGAAUUAAUGCACAAAGCUGCCUUCCGCACUGGUUUGGGCAACUCAGUGUACAUUCCCAAAUUCCAAAUUGGCAAAUUGUCUCCUGAAACUUUGUUGCACUAUGUUGCCAACAACUGCACUGCCAACCGUUGUGCUGUAGUAGGUGUGGGUGUAGAUCAGACCGCCUUGGUUGGCUUUGCCCAAAGCUUGGAAUUGGCCAGUGGUGGCAAAUCUGGUAGCGACUCUGCCAACUACUAUGGUGGUGAUGCCCGCAAGGAUACCCCCAGUAACAUGGCCCAUGUUGCUGUUGCUGGUUCGGGUGGUGCCGUCAGCAACCCCAAGGAAGCUUUGGCCUUUGCUGUUCUCCAGCAUGCUGUCGGUGCUUGCGCCGUCACCAAACGUGGUGCCAUCAAUGGUCCCUUCGGCAAGGCUGUCAGCUCGGCCGUUGGUGAUGCCAAUGUUUCAUUCGCCGCCAUUAACGCCAGCUACUCCGAUGCCGGUCUUUUCGGUUUUGUUCUAUCCACCGAUGCUCAACACGCCGGCAAGGCCGUUGAAGCUGUUGCCCGUGCCCUCAAGUCUGGCUCCGUCUCCUCCGACGAUGUCAACCGUGGCAAGGCUCUGCUUAAGGCUGCCGUUUUGGAAGCUUAUUCUACCGACAGUUCUCUUAUCGGUGAAAUGGGCUUGCAAGCUGUUCUCACCCAACAAGUCCAAAGCGCUGAUGCUUUAGUGUCUGCCAUCGAUGGUGUAUCGUUGCAAGAUGUCCAACAAGCUGCCAAGAAGGCCGGUUCCUCAAAAUUGUCUGUGGGCGCUGUUGGCAAUUUGGCCCAUGUCCCCUAUUCUUCAGAUUUGGCUUAAACUGCUGUGUUGUUUUAAACUUUCAUCUAAUCUAAUUUAAUAUUAUAAUUGUAAUUCAUAUUGUACAACAAACAAAACAAAAAAUACCAAAUUGAAGGCUAAACCUAACAAUGUAAUGAACAAAAAAUACAAAAUCGAUAGAGGUUUUUAAUAAUUCUUGCAAGCCAUUGUUGAAUCCCCCUGCGCUCCAGAAAUAAUCUAGUAAAAGUUGUAUUAAAACGAUCGAUGUACUGUUAAAUUAUAAAAAAAUAAAAAGAAAAAAAGAAGUUCUUCAAGAGUUUCUUAAUAAAUUAAAUAAAAAUUCAUACUUGUGUGAACUGG